UUAAUCUUAUGAUUAAUCUUCUUCAUCAAUCAUCUAGCAUUCGUGUAUUGGUCAAUCAAUGAUGCUAAAAUUUAUCGAAUUAAUAUGUUGGAUUUUCAUAUUAACAACAUCUCUUAAGGAAGUGUUAGUUGAAGGAAGAACGAUUCCGAAAAUGGUAAAAAAAGCAAUAAUCAAAACCAUUAAGGUUGAAAAAGAAGAAAUUAUCGAUUGUUAUGAUAUUUACACACAACCUAGUCUUAACCAUCCUUUGCUUUGUAAUCAUACCAUACAGAUAAGACCAAGUUUCUACACAGAAGGAACGAAAUCAAAUAAUUUGGGAAUACUUCGACUUACACAAACUUGGCAUAAGUAUGGAUCGUGUCCGGAAGGAACUAUCCCUAUUCGGAGAAAAGGAAAAAAUUACAACCCCACACUUCUGCGCAAACAUCAUAGUCCAAGAUCAUCACCUUAUAAGACUCUUGUUACAUCACAGAUAUCAAAAGACAUUAUAGAUGACUAUAUGUUCCGCGAGUACGCUACAAUUGGGGUGCAAGGUAAUUUUCUUGGAGGAAAAGCAAAAAUAAAUCUUUGGAAACCAUUUACUGAAAAAAAUGAAAUCAGUCUAUCUCAAAUUUGGGUUGCAGCUGGUGAAUACCAAGAUCUCAAUACUAUUGAAGUUGGAUGGCAUGUGUACCAAGACAUAUAUGGUGAUGACCAGACCAGAUUUUUCAUAUACUGGACGACGGACGGCUACUUGAGCUCGGGUUGCUACAACCUCCUUUGCGAUGGUUUUGUGCACACAUCGACGAAUAUCUCCCUUGGUUGCAAUUUUACAGAGGUAUCCACUUUUAACGGCGACCAAAAAGAUGCCACCUUCAGUAUUCGAAAGGACCAAAGUAGUGGACAUUGGUGGGUACAAGUACAAGGUAUUCCAGUCGGUUAUUAUCCAGGAAAUCUCUUUACGAAAUUAUCAAAGACAGCAACAUCAGUAGAAUGGGGGGGAGAAAUUGCUAAUCGAAAAAGUAAAGGACGACAUACUUCGACACAAAUGGGUAGCGGUCAUUUCCCUUCUGAAGGUGGUUUGAAAACAUCAAGUUAUUUUAAUUGGGUUCAAGUAUUUGAUGAAAGUAACAAGAUCAAGGACCCGGAAAAUGUUGGUAAAAGAGUCACCCAUCCAAACUGUUAUGGUUUGAAAAUUGAUAGUGACCAUUAUGGUACAAAUGGUUAUGGUUUUUAUUAUGGAGGUCCCGGUUAUAAUUCUAAAUGUCAAUAAUAAUUAAAUUAUUGUUGUAGACAAAUAUAAUUGAGAGAGAAAUAAAAAAAAGUUCCUAUUGAUCGAUAUGUGUGUUGAGUGCAUUGUGGAAAAUCUCUAUCUAUAUGCGUACAAUAGAAUAUGUA